GGUAAAUACUUCCCUCGGGGAAUAAGUUUUCGCAGCUUUGUUCCGCACAUAAUUGUAAAAAUAUAAAUUUCACAACACAGCGCUGUUAUAGACACGCGCACCGCGCACGGCGAAAGGUAAACAUGGGACUGGUAUUUCACAGGUGUUUAAGGGGAAACGUUUUGCGCGGCUGUGAACAAUGAGCCGUAUUUGUAUCAGGAUCCAUGUACUGUACUACUGCAGUAGUACUACUACUUCCUCUACUACGCAGUAUUUCCAUUUACUGCGCUCUGUCCUCAGUGAGAGCGCUUUACAAGUCCAUCCCCUGAAGUCGAGCUGCACGGACAGGUGAGCCCGGUUUGAAGCGUGUGUCCAUUAAAAACAUGUUGCAGAGACAUGUUAGUGGCUCCAGCUGGAGGCGAUCCGGGAGCUGAUAUAUAUUUUACCCUCAUGCCACCCAAGAGAGAGGCAGGAGUGAGUCCAACACAGCCACCACUCAAGAUGAUAAGAAUCGGCACAGACACGCAGGAGUUUGAUCCGAUGGAGAACAAGUACAGGUUGGCCGAAGAGCCCAGCUUCUCACCGUUUCCCAACAAUGAGCAUGAAACGGUUGAAUUUGAUGAAGAAAAUAUUUCAAGUCCAGGCCUCAGGACAGACACCAUCACACUCCUCAUGAAGAUAGAGCAGCUGCAGACGCAGCUGAAGUAUGAGCGCAGGUGUAGGAUUUUGGCUGAGAGAGAAUUGAGAGAGCUGAAAGAGAUGAACACACUCAUGAUGCAGAUGAGACACACAGCACACGAGCUACGAGUUACUCUGGACCACGUUAUGCAAGGAGGCGAGGCUGCAGUUGCACCACAGAACUCUCAGGAUGAAACUGUCUCUUUCCUGAAUGAGCCUGAGGCAGAGAUGAGUGCGGUUCAUAAUAUUCCAGAGGACGAUCACAACUUCUUGUAUCUUGCUGAGAAUCUUCAAGUACCCAAAAAUCUUUACGAGCGCAUUGCAGAGAUUGGAGACUACAAGAAGUACACGUCAGCACUGCUGAUGAUACUUUUUGACAGAGAAACAUUGGCUACACACUCUUUGCAGGGCCGGAGGAACACCUUUACCGGAGAAGAUAGCCACAAGCCUCAACUCCCACCUGAGAUCUUGAGAAGUAUUAUCGAUCAUGUGGCAGUCAAGUUUGGAGUUGAUAGCAGCCAAAUAAAAACUGCAAUCCGCACAAAGUUGAAUAAUGAGGAUAAAUUAUUAAAGAAGAGACUGGGUGUGGGUAAAGCUGAAAACAAACCUAUGACGGAUCACAGUUUCUGCCAAGAUACUUCACUCCUGCCUGAAAAUGGAGAAAUGACAAAUGAUGCUCAGUUAUAGUCUUUUUACUUGCCUUCAUCUGUUGGUCACCAGUAUUUCACGUCUGAUAGAAAUGUGUGACGGGUUGCCUUUUUAAAAAAUCCAUGUCCACUUUAUUCCAUAUUGAAAUCUAGUGCUUUUUUUUUUUUAACACUUUCUAGACUUCUUAUUUUUUUUACUUUGACAGCUGUUGUUGUCUAUGUGUUAAAGCAUAAGUUUAAUGUGGUGACCCAACCAAGAUGUUGAACAGCAAUAAAAAAAAAAAAUCACGUGUAGUCAGUCAUCAGUGGUAAAAACAACAAAGUGUCUUAUUGAAUUUGAAGGUUGUAAAUGGCUGUGUCUGGCUGUGAAACAUUUUUACUGAUUGACUGACUGAAUUUUAAAAUCAGCAGGCGUUUGUGUGGUUAAAAAGUAGGAUGUGAACAUAUUUAAAGUAAUAGGGAUGUUGUUUGUAUCCUGCUGUUCAUGAUAUGUGCAUUACACCAAGUGAUAUUGUGUUUCUAGAUUUAUUUUUUGCAGUUGCAAAAUAAUACUUUAUGGGGUAAUUAAUCUUUCUGCUUUCACAACAUCUGUUUCAUCACUUUCUGUUUAUCGUGCUUAACUAAACGUUUGAAACU